AUGGCAGCGGAUAACCAGACUUGGGUGAGAGAGUUUAUUCUCUUAGGCCUAUCCAGUGACCGGAACACUCAAAUCUCUCUCUUUGUCCUGUUUCUGAUCAUGUAUCUGGUGACAGUUCUGGGAAACUUCCUCAUUGUUCUUCUGAUCAGACUGGACAGCCGGCUCCACACGCCCAUGUAUUUCUUUCUCACCAACCUCUCCCUGGUUGAUGUCUCUUAUGCCACAACCAUUGUUCCUCAGAUGUUGGUGCAUUUUCUCGCAGCACACAAAGCAAUACCAUUUGUUAGCUGUGCAGCCCAGUUAUUUUUCUCCCUAUCUUUGGGUGGAAUUGAGUUCCUUCUACUCACAGUGAUGGCCUAUGACCGCUACGUAGCUGUGUGCAACCCUCUGCGGUACUCAGUCAUCAUGCAUGGGGGACUGUGUACUAGGUUGGCCGUCAUCUCCUGGGUCAGUGGCUCUACCAACUCCCUCAUGCAUACUGCCAUCACCUUUCAGUUGCCUAUGUGUACAAAUAGGUUUAUUGAUCACAUAUCCUGUGAGACCUUAGCUGUGGUCAGGCUGGCCUGUGUGGACACUUCCUCCAAUGAAGUAGCAAUCAUGGUCUCCAGCAUCAUCCUUCUGAUGACACCUUUCUGCCUGGUCCUCCUGUCCUACGUCAAGAUCAUCUCUGCUAUCCUAAAGAUCCGGUCCACAGAGGGAAGGAAGAAAGCCUUCCAAACGUGUGCAUCUCACCUCACUGUAGUUAUCCUGUGUUAUGGCAUGGCCAUUCUGACUUACAUCCAGCCCAGAUCCAACCCCUCAGUGCUUCAGGAGAAGUUGAUUUCUCUCUUUUAUGCCAUUCUGACACCCAUGCUGAACCCCAUGAUCUACAGUCUGAGGAAUAAGGAGGUGAAGGGGGCCUGGCAAAAACUAUCAGCACAAUUAUCUGGGCUAAAUUCGAAACUAGGCACUUGA